CGGACCGGACGUCCACCUGAGCUGCGGCGGAGAUUCGGAAACAAGUGGCCGCUCGGAUGAUGACAGAAAGGAGGGGAUAAUUCCGACUUCUUGCCGCCCCUGGUGCUCCAGUAGAGGAGGCGUAGAUAGCUAGAGGUGGGGUGAGGAAAGAGGAAGAGACGUGUGGGGGGGAGAUGGCACACCGCCUCGGCAGCAUCCGGAACACCGAGACUGGAGCGCCUGGACUCAGCUGCAGCCGCUGCAGCAGCGCCGCUCCGCAGCCUCUCAGGGAUACCGAUUGUCACUUACUGCGUCUUUGCUUGUGACUUCUUCACGACGACUUGAAGAGACGCAUACCUCGAUCCUCUUUCUUCAGUCAAGACCCCUCUUCCCUGACAUCCGGCUCAUCUUCCCCAGUCACCUGCCAUGGUGACAUGACGUACUCCUGAGUGGCUUUGCUCCUGUCUUGCACACGUAGACAAUCUCCAAACGCCUGCACACGCGCUUUCUAGACRCCCGCAAACUCAAAAAAAGACACCAAUUCCUCUGGCGCACAAUAAGUCGACGGUUCGAGAUGACAGUGGCUGUGCGGUUCCGUCGCCACUUACGUCGACUCCUGCUCCUCCUGGCCUCCUGCUGCCUCCUCUCUCUUCUCCUCUCCGCCUACUUCCUCUUCACGAACUCCUCUCCUUCCAUGCACCUCGGGCAAUCCGUGGAGCCCGCCUGCUCCCAGCCGCUGUCCCUGUCGCCRUACCGCCAGCUCCCGUACCCGUACCCUCCCAAUCCCCCGCACACACACGUCCAUACUGAUCCGGUCGUGUUGGUGCUGGUGGAGUCGCAGUACUCCCAGCUAGGUCAGGACAUUGUGGCUAUACUGGAGUCGGCCCAUUUCCAGUUCCGCAUGGAGAUUGCCUCAGGAAAGGGCGACCUUCCGCCCCUGACAGAGAAAGGCCGCGGACGAUAUUCKCUCAUCAUUUAUGAGAAUCUGUUGAAGUACGCGCACGCAGAUACGUGGAACAGACAGCUGUUGCAUCAAUAUUGUACCGAGUACAGAGUUGGCAUCAUCGGCUUCUACCGCUCCACUGAGAACUCUCCAUCUGUCCUCAAACUUAAAGGAGUGCCGCUGGUGCUGAGGACCAACCAGGCACUUUGGGACUGCUGUGUGGUGUCUAGCUCUCCUCUCCUGCACUUGACCAAACCUGGCACAGAUCGAGGAGCCUUACCUGGGGAGGACUGGACCUCAUUCUCCUCAAAUCACUCCACGUACCAAGCUGUGUUGCACGCACGGGCUAAAGACGGAACAGGGGCAGGCAGUGGGGAUAACGCAGGACCUGGCUUUAGUUUAGGCCUCCAGGCUACUGUGGUACAGGACAUGGGACUGUACGAUGGGGUGAGACGAGUGCUCUUUGGUCAGGGACUGGGCUACUGGCUCCACAGACUCAUCCUGGUGGAUGCCAUUUCCUACCUCACAGACAGGAAGCUGACUCUGGGUCUGGACCGGCACAUCCUGGUGGAUAUAGAUGAUAUUUUUGUCGGCAAAGAGGGCACACGCAUGAACACCAAGGAUGUGAAGGCUCUGCUUGAAACCCAGAAACAGCUGCGUUCUUUCAUCUCUAAUUUCACCUUCAAUCUGGGAUUUUCUGGAAAGUUCUACCACACAGGCACGGCAGAGGAGGAUGAAGGAGAUGAUCUACUACUGAAGUAUGUAGAUGAGUUCUGGUGGUUCCCCCACAUGUGGAGCCACAUGCAGCCUCACCUCUUCCACAACGAGUCGUCACUGCUGGAGCAGAUGGUCCUCAACAAGGAGUUUGCUCUGGAGCACAGCAUCCCAGUGGACAUGGGCUACGCUGUGGCCCCCCACCACUCAGGGGUCUACCCGGUGCACCUGCAGCUCUACGAGGCGUGGAGGCGCGUGUGGACCAUUCGGGUGACCAGCACUGAAGAGUACCCCCACCUCAAACCUGCCCGCUACCGCAAGGGCUUCAUUCACAACAACAUAAUGGUGCUGCCUCGCCAGACAUGUGGCUUGUUUACUCACACCAUCUACUACAAGGAAUACCCCGGAGGACCUAAAGAACUGGACAAAAGCAUCCGUGGGGGAGAGUUGUUUCUCACAGUGCUACUCAACCCAAUAAGUAUAUUCAUGACUCACCUUUCAAACUACGGCAACGAUCGACUCGGUCUGUACACGUUUGUCCACCUGGCCUCCUUCCUUCGCUCUUGGACGAACCUGAGGCUCCACACGCUCCCGCCACUCCAGCUCGCACACAAGUAUUUUCAGCUGUUUCCUGAACAAAGGAACCCACUCUGGCAGAACCCAUGUGAUGACAAACGGCACAAAGACAUCUGGUCUAAAGAGAAAACCUGUGACAGGUUACCUAAAUUCCUGGUUGUUGGGCCACAGAAAACAGGGUACAUGGAGUUUUUCCCCGUGCCCUCCAACGUUAGCACAGACUUCAUGUUUGAGAAGAGCGCCAACUACUUUCCCUCAGAGGAGACCCCGCGGCGAACUGCUGCCCUGCUGCCCAAAGCAAAGAUCAUCAYCCUGCUCAUCAACCCGUCUGACAGAGCCUACAGCUGGUAUCAGCAUCAAAGAGCUCACGAGGACCGUGCAGCCCUGCAGUUCACCUUCUAUGAUGUCAUCAGUGCAGGAAGGGGAGCGCCUGCAGAACUGCGCUCCCUGCAGAGUCGCUGUCUCACCCCUGGUCUGUAUGCUACACACCUAGAAAGGUGGCUGACGUACUACCCUCCUAAUCAGGUGAUGAUCAUCGAUGGCCAUCAGCUCAGAAGCGACCCUGCAGCAGUGAUGGAGGAAGUGCAAAAGUUCCUUGGCGUCACUCCUCACUACAACUAUUCUCAGACCCUCACCUUUGACCCUCAGAAGGGCUUCUGGUGCCAGCUUCUUGAGGGAGGAAGAACGAAAUGUUUGGGAAAAAGCAAAGGAAGAAAGUAUCCUCCUAUGGAGCCAGAGGCCCGUGCAUAUCUCUCAAAGUAUUACAGGGAACACAACGUGGAGCUGUCAAAGCUGCUGCAUCGCCUCGGACAGCCCCUUCCUUCAUGGUUAAGAGAGGAGCUGCAGAAGGUUAGAUAACCUUUCAGUCCAUGAGCCAGGGCUAAAGGUCAAGAUGUCAGACAUCUGGAAGCAACCGAGGAGCGCCUGACCUUCAGAUGCACUCUCUGUGGCCUUUUAGUGCACUCCAAGGUGAAAGGGAGGGCGGGUGGCCUCGGCCCACCCGCRAGCUGCGCUGCUGCUGAACGGAGCGGGGGGACUUGUCUUGAAAUCGGGAGCUGCCGUGGACGGACGGAUGGGUGGACGAACAGCUCAGAAGAAAACAGGACUAAAAAGAAGCKCCACGUUCUAAAAAUGAGGAACUGAACUGCGGGAGACGACGAGGGUCCGGCAUGUCUUCAGCGCCCAAAAUCGUUCCGAACCGACGCUACUGCAGACCUGUGGCGUUUGAUUGGUCACAUYGUUUUAGUUGUUUCUUUUCUUUUAACUUGUGUUGCCAGAGCAGCGCUGGUCAGCUGUGCAUGGUUCACAUUAAAAUUGACUUUGCACUGAGUUCUGUUAAAUGUAUCUCCAAGACACGAUUUGUUUUACAUCAUUUUUUUUAUUUUUAUUUGUUGUCAAAGUCAGAAAGAAUACAAGCAGAGGAUAAGUGCGUGGACUCAGGGUGGGUGACAGGCUGUUACUUUACAUGAAAUGUUCUUUUUAAUUUGUAAAUUAUUAUUUUUUAAUGGAAAGUAGACUCUGAUAGAUCUGGUAGCCUUGUUCACCCUUCAGUAUGUCACUUGACACUUUUAAGGAGAAGGUUUGAACUGGAAACUGAAGCUGACGACCUGGUGGUUUGUUCUGUAACUGCAGGCUAGUUUGUUUCAGUGUUUCGUUUAAAUUGAUAAAAGCUCACUUAAAAAGAAAUUGUGGAAAGUUUAUGAACAACAAUAUAUUUACCUGAUGUAGAUAGUUUUUUGAACAACUCUUAGUUUAGAGAAAUAGUUUCUUUCUGAUCAGAUUGAUGAUGGCUAAUGGCUAGUCUGAAGCCCAUUGACGGUUGAGAACUGAAGCCACCAGACCUGGUUUUAUGGGAGCUGUCAUGUUUUCUGAUGUGGUCAGAUUUCAACUAUCUGUUCAAACUGAGGUCAACCAAACAGCUAUCAACAACGGGUAAAAUAUAAGUUGCUCGUAAUUUUUUUCACUGAACUUCCCCCAUGAACUAUUCCUUUAAAUUUAUUUUUUAUUUUUCUCUCCAUUUUGAAAACUAUAGUGGCCUGUGUGUUUAGCUUCGAUUUGAAUGCAAAGAUCCCUACAUGUCAAACACAAAAACCAAAAUUAAAAAUGAAUAUSACUGUCA